CUCUGAAAGUUCGUUGUGCUCAGGGCAGAAUUGGCGGGAAGAUUCUGAGAAAGAAAUUCAAGAAAAAUGUUCUCUCUCUGCGAAUUUCUCUUUCGCAUGGAAAAUCUCUGCAUCUUCGUCUUCUUCUUCCUCUUCCUCUCACUCUCUGCAAUGGCACAGCCUCCGCCGCCGGCUCCGGCGAUGCUGACUCCGCCGCCGCAGCAGCUCCGCAACAUUAUUGACGCCCUGAUCGGUGCCGGCGACUUCACUAGCUGGGUGACCAUUCUCUCCCUGGCCAAUCCGUUGAUGCUCCCGAUGAGCGCCACCCUCUUCGUCCCUCAAGACGGCAGCGAUCUCAUCUCCGACAACCACCCAGCCAUGGAUCCGCUUCUCUUCCCUUACCAUAUCGUCCCUCAGCGACUCUCAUUCUCCGAUCUUCUCCUCUUCAAGCCCCACACUCGCCUUCCCACUCUCCUUCCCGCCAUGUCCAUUGUUAUUACCAACAAUUCUCGCUUCAAUUUCACUCUCAACAACAUUACGGUCACUCAUCCAAACCUCUACAACACUGAUUCCAUCUCCGUCCACGGCAUCGCAGCCGUUCUUGAUUACUCUGUUUUCGGUUACUCAUUUCCCCUACUGCCAACUCCGACUACGGAAACUACAGCCGGUAACCAGGAGUCGGAGGUCCUUCCAUCACCGCCGUCACCACCGGAGGGAAUCUUGACGCCGCCGUUUAUGCCAAUCGGAGAUCCUUCGGAUGCAGCAUGCUCGUGCACCGAAGCGCCCAUCGUUUUUUUGAUCUUUUGUGGGGUUUUGGCGUUCAAGAUGCAAAGAAUCCCUUUCAUUCGUUGAUGAUUGAGGCUCUGUUUGAUCCAUGAAAAGAAAUGAAAGAAUUAUCGCUCUUCAUUUCUGGAAUCUCUCAAUUUUGAGGUAUGAUUGUUUUGUGCAUUUGAUAGAUUUCAAUCUGUAUCCCCAAAAGAAAAAAGAAAAAAAAAACAAUUCAUCACAUCGUAAGUGAAUAGAUUUUGGAGAGUCACUUCUAUAUGUGAUCCCACCGAUACACUGUAAUUGAACAUAAUGAAAUUGUUUCUGAAU